AUGGAGUUCAAGCAGUGGACGGAGAACCGCUACCGGCACCCGGUGGUGCUGGUGUUUGCGAGCCCCACGGCCGAGCAGGCCUGUGGCCGCAACGGCAUGGACCUGAUCCAGAUGCUUCGGCCCUUCUCCGUGCACCCGACGGAGCUCUUCGCCCACUUGGGCGAUCGCGCCGACACCGUGCUGGUGCGCAACUUCGGGGUGCGGCUCACCCGACUGCAGUGCGUGCGGGAGGUGGACGCGGUGCAUUGUGCGCGCCACCUCCGCCACGUCUUGCGCGACCACGCGGCGAUGGAGUUGGCGUACGGGGAGCAGCUGGACCGCGCCAUGUCGUGUCUGCUGAAGGAGAACGGCGGGAUUGUGGCGGGGCCGCGGCCCGCCGCACAGGUGGCGUCGCAGCUGCUGGAGCGCUCGCACCCGGCGUGGCACUCCCAGUUUAUCCGCGACUACGCGUGCCUGGUGCGCUGCAGCCACUUUGACACCCUCGACCACCCGCUGGGCUGCAUCUACGCCGCCUCCACGCGCGAGGCAGGCGGCGUAGAGGGGAUUAUGCGGGAAUUUAAGGAACAGCAAAAGCAACCGGCCGAGACGCGGCGGGGCAUGCCCUGCAUGGACGACGAUCUCCACAGCUACUUCCUUCUUCUGCAUGAUAUGACGGAGGGGCCGUCGCUGGAGGAGGCGCGGCGCAUGUUCGUGGCGGUGCAGGUGCAGUACGGCCACGCCCAUUGUGCUCUGGUGAAGAUCAACUCCGUGGCGAACCCGCAGGACGUGAAGAGCAUAGACCCCUCGCUCUGGGUCGAGGCGAACGUGCCCGCCGUGGACGUCCCCUCCCGACAGGCGGUCCACGCGGCGCAGCGGCAAGCCACCGACACGCAUUUCUCCGGAGGAGGCUCUACGGAGGGCAGCAGGGGCGGUAGCGCUCUGAGCGCCACGGUGGGCUCCUUGAGCCCUGCCGAGGGCAGCAGCAACUCCGCGAGUGGGCAUGCGAACACCGCCGCCCCUGCCUCCCUGCAGUUCCCGCGUGUGGCGACCAGGUUUGGCAGCUGGUCGGACGGCAUGGCCAAGGUCACCGGCUGCUACUUGAGUCCUGAGAAUGUGGAGGAGCUGCGGCAGGUCAUGGCGUAUUACCUCUCACGAAGCCUCUUCAACUUUGUAGAGCGGAAGCUGCGGGUGUUGGUGCUCGCAAUCAACGAAAAACGUGUGACCACGUUUGGCAAGGUGGCCGCCUGGUUCCGCAACAAGGAUGAAGCCAAGGUGAAGCGUGAAACCUGGGUCGCGAGCCGCGAGGGCGGCCCCACGAUGUAUCUUGCCGGGUCGCUGGAGAUGCAGAUGCGUCGCGCCGCCGAUCUUCUGCUGGCCCUUGCCGACUAUGACUCGGCGAUUAGUUACUAUCGCAUGUGCCGCAGUGAGGCGCUCGCGACCGUGUCGUCGCGCGAGUUCAACCGACCACUCAUCGCGGCCUGUCAAGAAGGCAUUGGUGUGUGUGACCUGCUGCUGGGGCGCCUGCCGCUGCCGAGCACGGCGCCGUGGGCGGUGGGCGGCACAACCUCGAAGGGCGGCGUUGACUGCCGCCUGGAGGUCGCGCAGAACGACUACGCGGCCUGUCAGGUGCACACCUACGCCCUCCGGUUGUCGCUCAUGCUCUACGAGUACUGUCGCACCCGGUCCCCGCCGGCGGUGGAUCGUGCCGCGGCUGCGCUGCUGCACGUGCAACGUGCUGGGACCGGGUCCAAAAACAAGUUGUACUCCGCCGUCUUGCAUGAGCUGCUGGCGGCGGUGUUGCUGUUCCGCAACCCGCCACUGCCCGCGGGGAUGUCGGUCCCUGCCCUUUUGCCCAACAGUUUCCCGCUGCGGUCGCACGUGCGCCAGUACGCGCGUCACAUGAUUAUCGCGGGCAGUGCGCACCUGGAAAACAACCUCCUUGAGAGCUCGUUGCGUUGCUACCUGCGCGCCCUGCGCGUGUGCGGCGGAGCCGGUCGUCGCGGCAACUGGCAACUCAUAUUUGAGCACCUGCACACGCUGCUAGCCCACAUAUACCGCAAACUCGGAAAUCAAAUACGUAGCAUUGUCAUGGCAUCCAUUGCGGUGUCGAUGGGGACGCCCAUGUACAGCAACCCACACACCGGGCCUCACAACUUUGACGCGUUUUGGGGACGGCAGCGGCGGGUCUUGGGCAACCUCGGCUACACGCUCUGCCCGCACAUGGUUGCCCCCUGCGUCUUGCCAGAGUCCAUUCGCGUCAGCACGAAUGCGUUGCGCGCCGCGGAGGCGACGGCGCUGGAGUCGCAGGCGGUCAGCGACGAGCUGGCGGAGUUGGAGUGGCAGAAGAUGGAGGAGAAGCUGCGGCGGCACUACACCGGCUGCGCCUCCGCCCCGCCGCGUCAUCGCUUGAACUCGCGAGACGAGCCUGGAGGCAUGCGACGCUACUCCAUGCACCUCACGGAGCCGUUGGAAAUCACGUUUACGCUGCGGAACCCCAUUGGUGGUCCUCUCACAGCCGAGAAGCUCUGUCUCUUGUACGUCGCGAAGCAAAAGCCGGAUCAGCUGUGGAAAAGUGCCGCUGCGCAGACUGUGGAGUUGCCGGCGGCGGCGUCGAAGUCGGUCAGCUUGUCCUUCUCGCCAAGCGAGGAGGGCACCUACGUCAUCAUUGGGCUUUGCUGGACGCUCAUGGAGCUGGAGGGGUACUACUACUUCGCCACGCAGACGCACAAGGCGGAGGGCGGCGGCGGGGCAUUUGAGUACGCCAUCGAGCACCCCGUGCCGGACGUGGCGGCGGCGGCGAACAUAGAGGUUGCGGUUGCGCCUCCGCAGGCGUGGAUCACGGCACGCCUCGACCCCGAACUUCCACCUCUCCUGCGGGAUGGGGAAUACUACCAGACGACGCUGGUCUUGACAAACGAGAGCUCCUACCGCACGGCGCGCAACAUCGCCCUGCAACGCAGCCCGAGAAAUGCGCAUGUGGCCUGGAUGGACGGCUUCAGCCUGGAGCGCAACCUCGAUGCGGAGGCGACGCUGGCGCUGGAGGAGGAGCUUGCCCCAAAGGCAAUUGUCACGCUGCCGCUGACGGUGCAGGCCCAUCACAGCCGGGACUCCUCCGCGCGGUGCAAGAAUAACAUUUUUUUCCUUGUGGGCUACACCUCGGGGAGCCAAAAGGAGGAGGGCGUCUUGUCCCCCGGCGCCUCUGUCACUUCCACGUUUGUGGCUUCCCGCUUUCAUCGCUUUUUCCGUCGCUUCGUGGUGAAGUCGGCGAUUCUGCUCUCCUCUAUGGUUUUGCCCCCCGCGAACGCGACGCUGGCGACGGCGGCGCUCAUCACGGCCAGCAACGUCUCCGAGGCACGAGACCCACCGCUGCGGGUGUCGCGGGUGAUGGUCGUGCAUCGGCCGCGCUGGCGCGUUGCCCCCACCUCGCUUGGGAGCCUCCUGGCAGACAACGCACUGGACUGCAUUUUGUCCCCCGGCGCGGCCCUCUGUGUCCCGCUCAGCGUGGUGAGUGAAACGCCAGCGGCAACCUCCGCCGAUGGCGCGGCGGCGAUGGUGGAGGAGGUGUGCAUUCCGCUCUCCUCGGCCCUGCCAGGGGCCGCGCGGCGCACGGCGGUGGAGGCCAACAUCGGGGCCGGCGUCGUGGACUCGGCGGUGAACGUGUACUUCAUGCGCUGCAGCUUCCGUGGGCCCGGGACCAUCGGCGAGGUGAACGUCCCCGAGGCUCUCCCCUUCUACCUUGACAAGGCAGGCGUCUCGACGACGUCGGCGGGAACGAAUGAGGCGGCAGCCCCGCAGGAAAACCCCUACCACCCCCAUCCGCAGCGGCAACAGCACCAGCAUUCACUGGUGUCUGUCGUGGAGCCGUUUACGCCCAUUUGUGUGGCGGUGGUCUGGGCGGUGGAGGAGCAGGGGCAUAUGCACAGCGGGCAUGUCUUUCACUUUUUCGAUCCCGUUCAUUGCCUUUCCUCCUGUGAGUCCUCCGUGGCUGAGGCGCACGAGCGACUGCAGGAGCACCUCUGUGAGUCUAUGAUUGAGAAUCGCACUCUUCACGCCCGCCACGGUGCGCUCUUCUACCACGUGGCGGUGCCGUACACUGUGGAGUCGACGGCAGACAGCCCGGAUGCCGUGAUGAUUCCCGUCACGGUGCACUGCCGCUCGCUCGCGGCGCAUCCGCUGCUCGUCACGGUAAAAACCACGACACCCGGUUCUCUCGCCUCUGUUCCCUCCUCCACCUCGUCUCCCGUCCCUGUCGUCUUCGUGGGGAAGACGAGUGCUGGUUUUUUACUUUUGCCCCACGAAAAUUACUCGCUAAAAUUCACGGCCUGCGCCUUUGCCCCGGGGGUGGCGGACUGCAAUCUCUUUGAGGUGAGUGCGGUGGCACUGCGACUUCCGCCGGUGGGAGACCGCGGUGCGUGGCAGACGGGCACCUCGCGCAGCGCCCUGAUGACACUACUCGGAGGGACCACGGCGUGCCUUGUUGGGGCCCCGGAACCGUGCAUCGCAGCAGGGCUGGGCGGGGGAGGCUGUGGUGGGAGCAACUGUAGUGGUGGCGGCACGGCACACUUAGGCGGCGUCGGGGCUCUGGUGUGCGAAAGCAUCCGCAUAGUAGUCCUUGGCCACGGCAUAGCCGCCAUCGCGCGCGUUCUUUUUCUCUCCUCCUCAUCGGCGGCCAUGCAGGCGGCGGCGGCGCGGGUGCAGCCGUUCCAGGAGGAGGCCGAGCUGUAUGAGCGGCAGUGCAAGGCGCUUGAGCAGUGGCGGGCCCUGCACGAGGCCAGCGCAGGCACGCAGGUGCAGAAGGAAGACGCGCUCUUGUCCUUGUACCCUCCCCGGGCACACGACCUGGCGGAGAAGCUGCAGAAGAGGCCCCUUCCCACGGGGCAGUCAGACACGCCCCUGUCGCAGCCGCAUUGCGGAAGCGCCGGUGGGACCGGCUCCACCGGUGCCGCCGCGUUGGGCUACGUCGCGGCAUCGCCGACUUCCUCAGACGGCGCGGUGGACGUCGCCAGCCGCGUUGAGCAGCAGGAUAGUCAACAAGGGCUACGAGACGUGACCCUCUCGCGGGGGGAAUCGUCGGAGUUGGAAACGGACACAAGCGACUCCAGCACGACGAGUGGAGACGAGCCUGCGUAA